GGCCGCCGGCGAUCCGCAGUCACCAUGUCCGUGCUGGACGCACUUUGGGAGGACCGGGACGUCCGCUUCGACAUGUCCUCGCAACAGAUGAAAACAAGACCCGGAGAAGUCCUUAUUGAUUGUUUAGAUUCGAUUGAAGAUACCAAAGGAAAUAAUGGGGAUAGAGGCAGACUCUUGGUGACAAAUUUAAGAAUCAUCUGGCACUCUUUGGCAUUACCCAGAAUCAAUCUUUCUAUUGGUUACAACUGCAUAUCGAAUAUUACAACAAGGACUGCUAACUCUAAACUGCGAGGCCAAACGGAAGCUCUUUACAUACUAACAAAAUGUAACAGUACCUGUUUUGAAUUUAUAUUUACAAACGUGGUUCCUGGAAGUCCUAGACUUUUUACUUCUGUGAUUGCAGUACACAGAGCAUAUGAAACAUCUAAAGCUAGUGCUUAAGAAAUUAAACUAAAGCUAAAAGGUGACCCAACAUUAUGCAAAUUACAGGUCCUUUCUGUGCUACCCAGAGAAGGGUCCUAUGAUAAAAAGAUUUUUUUGUUGUUGUUUUAGGAAAUAAACAGCAUCUAAACAAAUGGUCCUUGAUGUAUCUCUCAUUAUUCUCUUCAACAGGGAAAUUUGGGAACCUUUUUUGUUACCAAUGUGAGAAUCGUGUGGCAUGCCAAUAUGAAUGACAGUUUUAAUGUCAGUAUACCGUACCUGCAAAUUCGCUCAAUAAAGAUCAGAGAUUCAAAAUUUGGGUUAGCUCUUGUCAUAGAAAGCUCUCAGCAGAGUGGAGGUUAUGUUCUUGGCUUCAAAAUAGAUCCUGUAGAAAAACUGCAAGAAUCAGUUAAGGAAAUUAAUUCCCUUCACAAAGUCUAUUCUGCCAGUCCUAUAUUUGGAGUGGAUUAUGAGAUGGAAGAGAAGCCACAGCCCCUUGAAGCUCUGACAGUUGAACAAGUUCAAGAUGAUGUAGAAAUAGAUUCCGAUAACCACACAGACGCCUUUGUGGCUUAUUUUGCUGAUGGGAAUAAGCAACAAGAUCGUGAACCAGUAUUUUCAGAAGAACUGGGGCUUGCAAUAGAGAAAUUGAAGGAUGGAUUCACCCUACAGGGACUUUGGGAAGUAAUGAGUUGAUCUUGAGUUGGACUGGAUUUCUUUUUAAAGAUAUCUCAAAAUUAAAGAUAACUAAUUGCCUGGUUUAAGGCACAGAAUAGUUUUUACAUUUACAGAACAAGCUUUAAGAAAGAAUUUCUUAAUCAUUAAGGGAAAACUAAUGUAACUGCCAGGCUUUUUUAAAAUUUAUUUUAAAAUGUAAUUGAAUUGUAUCUAGUUUGUAAAGAUGUUUAUUUUGUAAUAAUACUUGUAAACUAUGAGUUUUCAAAUACUAAAUGACUUUCAUGUUGUAUUUAAUAAAGAACUUAUGCAGCACCA